UGUGGACGGUGAAAAGGCUCAGCAGAGCUCCGUAGUCAGUAGGCCUUGUAGUCACUUGGCAAGGAGCAACAAUGGGGCCUGCAUGCCUGAGAAAAUCCCCAUCUGCAAGAUGUCUGUGGCUGAGAUCAGGCCUGCUGAUGCUAUAAGUGCAUUUAUGUGGUUGUGAGAGAGAGAAGAGAAAAAGAGAGGACAAUAGAAAGAAGGAAAAGAGAUGAAGGGAGGGGAAGAGAUGCAGGGUGGUGAGCUGUGAGCAGAUCUGGAAUGCCAUUGUUAGAGCUCGCUGCUCUGUGUUGCAGAGAGGGACAGCUGCCUCUGAGGCCUGCUUGCUCAUGUGAGACAGGCAACCCAGUUCACCGUAAUUUUUCCCCCAUCUCCCCACAGGCAGACAGACAGGUGGUGCCUGAACUCAGCCAGCUGGGUGUAAAGGGAAGGAACUAGGAGGAAUUUGGGGAGUGGCAUUUUAAAGCUUCCUCUUUCCUCUCCUUACUCUCAAAGAAAAAAGGCCUAGCUAUAUUUGUCAAGGCAGAGCCAAAAGGCAGAGAGGGGAACUUUAGCUCUUGCUGCUAGAUGAUGUGCAGGCCUCAUAGUUAACCCUAGGGGCAGACCGAGAAAGCUGUUGUGUAGAUGCGACCUCAAAGGAGAAAUUACAAACCGUGCUGUUGGAACGGUGGAUGAAAGAUGAGGCGAGGCUGAAGAAUUGUACAGUCAUAGGACUGUGACGCAUGAAGAGGCAAUGGGUUAAGCGGUCCCUGUGCCCCCUUUGAAUGUCCGUCACUAUGGCAAAGCGUGAGACCGGCAGCACCAGCCCUGUGGUCAGGCAGAUAGACAAGCAGUUCCUGGUCUGCAGCAUUUGUUUGGACCAUUAUCACAACCCUAAGGUCCUGCCCUGCCUGCACACCUUCUGUGAGAGAUGCCUACAGAACUACAUCCCUCCUCAGUCUUUGACACUGUCCUGUCCAGUAUGCAGACAGACCUCUAUCUUGCCAGAGAAAGGUGUGGCAGCCCUGCAGAACAACUUCUUCAUCACAAACUUAAUGGAGGUGUUACAGCGAGACCCAGAGUGCAGCCGACCUGAGGCCUGUAAUGUUCUUGAGUCAGCAAGUGCAGCUACAGCUUGUCAGCCCCUCUCAUGCCCCAACCAUGAGGGCAAGGUGAUGGAGUUUUACUGCGAGUCAUGUGAAACUGCCAUGUGUCUGGAGUGCACAGAAGGAGAGCAUAGGGAACAUGUGACAGUUCCUCUGAGGGAUGUGCUAGAACAGCACAAGUCAGCGCUAAAAAAUCAGCUAGACGCUGUGCGCAACAGACUACCUCAGCUGACGGCUGCCAUUGAGCUUGUGAAUGAGAUCUCCAAGCAGCUUACUGAGCGGAAAAAUGAGGCAGUUACUGAAAUCAGUAACACUUUUGAUGAGCUGGAGAAGGCCUUACACCAACGCAAGACUGCUCUCAUUACUGAGGUGGAAAACAUCUGCAGCUCCAAGCAGAAGGUGCUUCAAGCCCAGCUGACCUCCUUGCUUCAGGGAAAAGAGAACAUUCAAAGCAGCUGCAACUUCACAGAGCAGGCCCUGAGCCAUGGCAGUGCCACUGAGGUCCUGUUGGUGCAGAAGCAGAUGGGUGAGCGUGUCAGUGCCCUGGCACGACACACCUUUCCCGAACAGCCCCACGAAAAUGGACAUUUGGAAUGUCAGGUAGAGACAGAUGGACUGAGGCGCUCCAUUCAGAACCUGGGAGUCCUGAUCACAACAGGGACUGUAGGCCAUACUAGUGUCGCCACUGGUGAAGGCUUGCGACAUGCACUGGUCGGCCAGCACACCACUGUCACAGUCACUACGAAAGACAAGGAUGGAGAACUAGUGAAGACUGGUAAUGCUGCUCUGAGGGCAGAGAUUUUCUCUGCAGAUGGAGCGUGCACUGAAGCUGAGGUGGUGGACAACAAGAAUGGCACCUAUGAGGUUGGAUAUACCCUCCGCUCAGAGGGAGAAUUCACCUUCUCUUUGCUGCUAUAUGAACAGCCUGUGAGGGGGAGUCCGUUCCGUUUGCGUGCCGUCAAGCCUUCAGAUGUCCUGCAGUCACCAGACGACGUGAAGAGAAGAGUGAAGUCUCCGAGUGGAGGAGGAGGUCAUGUUCGACAGAAGGCUGUACGCAGACCCUCCAGCAUGUACAGCACCACCAAGAAAAAGGAAAACCCAAUAGAGGAUGAGCUGAUCUACAGAGUGGGAACAAGAGGACGAGAUAAAGGAGAAUUCACUAAUCUACAAGGCAUCUCCACCUCCAGCAAUGGAAGGAUUGUGGUGGCAGACAGCAACAAUCAGUGUAUACAGGUAUUCUCAAAUGAUGGCCAGUUUAAGAUGAGGUUUGGGGUCAGAGGUCGCUCACCAGGGCAGUUGCAGCGCCCCACAGGGGUCACAGUGGACAUGAAUGGUGACAUUAUUGUAGCUGAUUACGACAACAGAUGGAUUAGCAUCUUCUCCUCAGAUGGCAAGUUCAAGAAUAAAAUUGGUGCUGGAAGAUUGAUGGGACCCAAAGGUGUGGCUGUGGAUAAGAAUGGACAUAUCAUCACAGUUGAUAAUAAGGCAUGCUGUGUCUUCAUUUUCCAAUCAAAUGGGAAGCUGGUGACAAAGUUUGGAGCCAGGGGAACAUCAGACAGACACUUUGCAGAAAAAAGUGGUGCAAACAUUGCACUGGAACAAAAGCUUAGUAAAUCUGGCCCUGUUUUCAGUCCUCACUUUGUGGCCGUAAAUAACAAAAAUGAGAUUGUGGUUACUGACUUUCAUAACCAUUCAGUCAAGGUGUACAAUGCAGAUGGAGAGUUCCUGUUUAAAUUUGGCUCCCAUGGGGAGGGGAACGGCCAGUUCAAUGCUCCAACAGGCGUGGCUGUGGAUGCCAAUGGAAAUAUCAUUGUUGCCGAUUGGGGCAACAGUCGGAUCCAGGUGUUUGACAGCUCAGGGUCCUUCCUGUCCUACAUCAAUACAUCAGCGGACCCCCUUUAUGGCCCCCAGGGCCUGGCCCUCACAUCUGAUGGUCAUGUGGCAGUGGCGGAUUCUGGGAACCACUGCUUCAAGGUCUACCGCUACCUGCAGUAGAGACCGGAGACAGCCAUCUUCACCACUGCAAGCACUGACAACGACACAACACAAUGUAUUCCACAGGGUGCAAUGACCUUUCCAAUCCAGCCUUUUGAUGUGCACAUCAGCUGAUCUACUGGAUAUAAUUAACUGUCUGAUCCGUUUACCCUCCUUAACAUGUGUAUUGAAGGUUGUUUUUAAAGUUGGAUAAUGUAGCAUCCUUGGGACAAGUAAUGGACAUAAAGCUCUGGACUGGUUUUAUGGAACGUGCAAAAACAUUGUUGUAUGCUCUCGAUGGUAUUAUUAAACCACACUUUAUGUGAGACCGGACAGGGUAGGAUAUUGACUGAAGUAUUUAAUGAGCCAUAACUUGUCCAAUGCAUGACAUUUUAUUUUAUCUUACGGCCUAGGAAACAACACAGUGUACCCACCACUUGCUUUUCUCAUAAACUAGUUAAUGCUUACAGUGAAACUAACCGCUACGCUUCUCCAGCAAUGAAAUGUAAAAUUCUUCAUUUUCUGACAUCUCACAUAAAAAUGAGAGAGAGUCACCACCAUCUGUGCAUUGAUUUGCUGUAUGUACUGUAUAUACAUAAAUGUAUAUUGUGUAUAUUAGAUCACUCCGUAUGUAUGUGCUAUGAUUUUGAAACACAAAGCCUUUUGGCAAAUCAGAGAGCAGCAGUCAAGGAUUCCAGGAUUUAAAUGUGGUGUAUAUGGCAGCUGUUUCAAAGUGUGCUUUUUAAACAUUCUCAGCACAUGCUUAAAAGAAGAGUGUCAUAUUUAUUUCUAAUGUAAGCAGCACAAUAAUCUUUUUUGUUAAUAUCUGUUGUUUUAAAAGGAAAAAAAAAGAAAAAAAAUGGUAAUUUAUUUUAUUUUAUACACUAGCUCAGCAUUUACAAAUUAUUUUUCUAAAUUGAUGUGCUUAUUCUUCUUUAGAGCUUCAAACUUUACCCCUUUCCCUUAAAGGGAAAUUUCACCUUAAAGCAGAAUUCAGUAUCCCCCCCACAUCUGGAAAACUUUAAUUAGUGUUUGUGCACAUGAGCAGCUCUUUUUCAAAGCAACAAACCCAUCUUUUGUUUUAAUUUAGGAUGCCAUCAAAAACGAAAGUCUUAUAUGUUUUCUGUUCAGAAUUAAUGGCUAAUGGUAUGGGCAAUAGAAAGAUUGUUUUGCCUUUAACAAUUAUAAAGCUUUAUCAUUCAUUGAAGUGCUAACACUUACAAACCAGAAAGAACACACAUAUCUCAGGAAAUCUAGCUAAAUUAGAUCAUCAUGUCAAUGGAACAACUUUAAAUAUUUGUUAUUUAUUUUGAUGAUCCGAUUUUUAGGGAGAUGUUGGGAGCUUUGUGAGAAAACUGUUAAUUUGUGCAAAUGUAGUCUGGAUUCAUGACCACAGAAAUGAUCGGGAUGGAAUAUGAAUUCUGUUUUACAGUGGGUUUUUUUUCUCCUUUUUUUGGCGUUCACAUAAAAAAUGAUGAAAUGAUCUAUAGUCUGUUAGAUGAUGUUUGCCAGCAAACUCAUCCAUGCUUUAGAGUACACUCGCCUCUGAUACUGUUGUAAGCCAUCUAACAAAACGCUGUUAGAUCUGAGUUUCUGUCUGCACUACUGUACAUCAAGCCAUGACUUCCAAGACCUGUACAAGUAGAGCUGUUGCUGCUCUUGCUCCCCCCAGUGUCCAUUCUGUGUAAAGUCAUAAGAAAACCUGUUGCCACAGCAGAAGAGAGACCAGGUGCAGGAAGAAGGCAGCUUCCUGGUCUGACAUUAUUACCCACAGCACUGUGCUAAACACCAAAACACAAUUACCCUCCCCAGUGAAGAGAUUUUCUAAGCUACAGGAUAUUACACUAUCUCACCAGUUUAGUAAACCAGGAAGCUAUUUUUCAUGCACCUAAUCUGUUGUUUGACUUGUUGCCAAACAGAAGCCCAGACAUCUUUAAAGAGUCAAGGCUUUCCUUUUUCAGAUGUGUCUGAAGCAUUUACCCUACGCUGUGUCACACCAAUACAAACAAUUUUGUUUUCUCUAUGAAUAUGCACUGGUAAUAAAAGCACAUGGUUUACUGAGUUGUUGUAUAUGCAUUAUGAUCACUUACUAUGC